AUGGAGUUGUCAUGGUGCAAGUUCCUAUUCCCUGUCGGGACGUUUCCUCUGCAGCAAGCGAGGCAGGGACAGGACGUCCGAGCUGGUGCUGCGUGCUGGGCAAGGGAGGGAGAGGGAGAGGAGGAGCAGUUGAUGAGAAGUGCUCGGAUGGUGAUAGAGCUGCUGGAGCAAGAGGAGCGGUCAGGCAUCCCUUCGCAAAGAAUCGUCAUUGGAGGAUUCGGACAGGGAGCAACCGUAGCGCUGUUGACGUCGCUGCUGUGGGAGAAGAAGCUCGGCGGGAUCAUGUGCAUGGCCACCUUCCUCCCGGAGUUCUUGAGGAAGCGGAGCAUGCAGCCUCCUCUCGAUGUCUCAGUCGCUGUCGCGUCCCUCCCUGCCCUCUUCUGCCAUGGCAGCAAGGACCCUGUCGUCCCUCUCUCAGUAUGCCUGGGCUCGUACAAAGUGAGAGGGCAGGAGGCGUACAACUCCAACGACCCUGUCCAAGUCACUUCUCUUGACGGCGUCAAAGUCU